GCCAUUUGCCUCAUUAUUCCCGCGGCCCGGGCGGGAGAUAAAACCAAUCUUGCCCCAGACAGAGAAGGAAUUAUGACCCUAUUUCGCUGGCUGCCAGAGUCUUCCAUGUUUUCUUGACGGGGGCCAAACCUCUGGCCUUUUGUAGUGGUCGUGUCUGCAAAACUAGAUUUCCUUUCUUCCCCAAGACGGAUCGCGAAGAGGAAUAAUUUACUUACGACUUGUAUCUGAGUGUGUUGGCCGUUUUGAUGGAAAGGUUGGCCAGCGCCAAGCUCGUGUCUCAAGCAACACACCAGCAGAGGCAGCAGCAGCAGCGACAGAUGGGAGCCCACGUGACCUGGGCCGCGUCUCAGGCGGGAGAGUGGAAAGGUUAAAAUUUCCCCUUGGGUAUCUCACAUACUAAGGAUGUGACACAGAAUGCUACACAGCCACAACUGUUGGCUGUCAGGGAGAGAGACCACAUCAAAGUUUGAGAUAUAAAGAAGUAUUAUCGUGAUCAAAAGCUCCCCAUGCAGUUCAGAAUGUUUUCUCCCUGGAGGACCCUGCAAGGCAGUUGUGUCUUGCUCCUGGUGGCAUUCACAUCUUUGUGUUUAUCACAGUCAGGUGAUGGAGAUGAUGAAGAUGGCUAUAAUGAGAGGACAGCCUAUGCUUGUGAAUAUGGGAUGCUCACGUCUAGAAUGCCCUGCAGGAUCUGUCAUCCGAAUAAACCGAGCAAACUAUGGUCGAUUCUCCCUGAAAUUGUGCAAUCCGCAAGGCCGCACCGAAAACAUGGAUGUUACAUGCCAGAACGUCAAAACCACAGACAUUGUGUCCUCAGAGUGUGAUGGUCAUCAGCGAUGCGAAUUUCUAGUAAACAAUGACAUAUUUGAGGACCCUUGUCCUGGUACAAGCAAAUACAUUGAAGUGCGCCAUCACUGCAGUCCAGUUCAGAAUGUUAAUCACGGCUCAUCAAGCAGGCCUUCUCUUAUACAGAUAGACGGCAAACCUCCCUGGUCGGUUUCAUCAGUGCCAGUCCCAGAAAAUGUCCGUGUAUGCCAAAGGCUAUAUGAAACUGGUUUCAUAUCUUGGAGUAUGCCUCGUGAUGGUGCCAGCACAGUGUACAAUAAGUUCAAGCUCAAACUCAGGAAAGUAAAUGAAACAGUAACAGAAGAGAGAGAAAUCAAUCUUGGAAACCCAGAAAAUGGUCGAUACAUCUAUGAACUUGGCUCUGAUGUAUUAAGCACAGAAUUUGCCUUGAAAGCUGCAACUGCUGAUGGAGGCUGGGGGGAUUACAGCCCUUUUGUCCGGCCAGAAACUUGUCCCAUCCCUCCAGAGAUUGCGCCUAAGACAUCUUCAAGGUCCUAUGUGCCAGUGCCAAGAAACACUCAUGUGUGCCAGCAUCACCUAUCCUCCAAUUCUGUUAGUGGACAUUUUUUGGGACAUGCCUUAUGACAGUGCCAAUACCAUCAGUUACGAGUUUAUGCUCAAGUACAGGAGAGUGAAUGCUGCAGAAGUAGAAGAGGAAAAUAUUAGUGCUGCCGAUUUGGAGCAUGGGGCGUAUACUUACUCUCUAAGACCAAAAGAACCACAUGCACAGUAUGAAUAUGCAUUAAAAGCCAGAACUGCCAAUGGGGACUGG